GGGGACUGAUGAGGAGGCUGAAAGUAUUCUUAGUUCAUGUUGUGGCAAAAUAGUUUUGAACGCUCACAUCAUGAGGCAGAGCAUCUGCCUCUGAUUCCUUCUCAGGUUGUCUUCUGAAUUUUGUGUCUGAAGGUACCCUCUUGCUUUCUCAGCAAAUCAUGGACAUCGUUGGCUUUCUGAAGUCGCAAUUCGUUUGCCACCUUCUGAUCUGCUACAUAUUUAUAGUGUCAGGACUGAUCAUUAACUUCAUUCAACUCUUUACGCUUAUACUUUGGCCAAUCAACAAGCAACUGUUCAGGAGGAUCAACUGCAGGCUGGCUUACUGCAUUUCAAGCCAGAUGGUGAUGUUGCUGGAAUGGUGGUCAGGCACCGAUUGCACCCUUUACACUGACCCAGAGAGUUACCACAAGUACGGGAAGGAGAAUGCCAUCGUAAUCCUUAAUCACAACUUUGAAAUUGACUUUCUCUGUGGUUGGAACUUUUGUGAGAGAUUUGGGGUCUUGGGGAGUUCCAAAGUGCUUGCAAAGAAGGAGCUCUCCUACAUGCCUGUCAUUGGCUGGAUGUGGUAUUUCCUAGAAAUAGUCUUCUGCAAGCGCAAGUGGGAGGAAGAUCGGAAAACAGUCGUGCAGAAGUUGCUCAAUCUCCGGGACUACCCUGAAAACUUCUGGUUCCUGAUUCAUUGUGAGGGCACAAGGUUCACGGAACAGAAGCACCAGAUCAGCAUGCAGGUAGCCGAAGCCAAAGGUCUGCCCAAGCUCAAGUACCACCUCCUGCCACGAACGAAAGGAUUUGCUGUCACCGUGCAGUGUUUGAGAAAUGUAGUUUCUGCAGUCUAUGAUUCUACCCUUAAUUUUAGAAAUAAUGAAAAUCCAACAUUGCUGGGAGUUCUAAAUGGAAAGAAAUAUCAUGCAGAUUUAUAUGUAAGGCGGAUUCCACUAGAGGAUGUCCCAGAAGAUGAGCAGGAAUGUUCUUCCUGGCUUCACAAACUAUACCAAGAAAAGGAUGCAUUCCAGGAAGAAUAUUACCGCACAGGAACCUACCCAGCAGUCCCUACAGUACCACCCCGUCGACCAUGGACACUUUUGAACUGGCUUUUCUGGGCCUUAUUGCUGCUAUAUCCUUUAUUCAAACUGCUCAUCAACAUGAUCAACAGUGGAUCAUCACUGACACUGGCUAGUUUUGCAUUUGUCAUCAUAAUAGGUGCUGUCACCAAUCCUGGAGUGCCUGCAAUUGCCUGGGACUUGCCCUGCAGUGGAGGAACAGUGGUUCUCCAGAGGCUGCUGCCUGAUCAGAUUCAGCCACCUUUUGCUGAUGAGCAGGGAAUGAAAAAGAUGAUGUCACUUAUGAGCAGAUAGCACCCACUGUGAAGCUGUGGAGGGAAGAGAAUCCAUGGGAGUGGAAGAAAGCUCAGCCAUUAGUCAUACUAAACAAAACUCAGAGCUGGUUUAUGCUGGUCAUUUAAGAGUGGAUGUGUCAUUAUGUGCCAAAAGAGCAACAGUUACCUUAUAUGUUACAGUCUGUUUCUGUUUUAUAUUCCUUCAGAACCAGUGUUAGAGCUAGUUGGGAAUAAUGGGUCUCUUUCUGUGGAAGCAGGAAAAAUCCUCAGCCCAAGCUGUCACAGACUUUCAUAGCCAACAGCUGAGUUUCUGUAGCAAGGCCAUUCUCCCCUAACUGUGUCCUGUAUCCUCAGGGGGAUCUCUGUCAUGAACAUUCUGGAUGUGGUGCAGCCAUCUAUUGGCAGAGGAGCAACCAGUAUUUUAUUCUGCAGUUUGACUCCAGCUUUAGGCAAGGGCCCCAAAGUGACUCCUGCAGAGGCUGGGAGACAGCAGAGCAUGGACACAAACACAGCUCGGAGGCUGUGGCUCUUGCUGGCAGCUGGAACUGUCUGCCCAGCACAGCCAGGCCGGAGCAAAGCAGGGAGGAUGGUGUUUGCUGUCUUCAGAGUGGGAGUGGUAAUUGGUACCUGAUGGCUUAACAGUGUAAAAGGAAGGGUUUGCUGUAGACUGGAGAGAUUUGUCAGGUUACAAAAUCAGCUCUUCCUGUUGCACCUAGCAGACCUUUUCUCACUGUUUGUAACUGAAGCACACAGGCAGUGGUUUGGGUUCUAUGGCAUUUGGGUUUUCUAUGGCAUUUUGACAGCUCACCUGCUACUCCAGAAUCAGGAACUUUACUGCAGUCCCUAAUAGCCCAUUGUAGCAAACAGCUGGUUUUAAGGGUGGGUUUCAGUACCUGAUACAGGUGCAGAUAGGCACUAAAUAAACCUUUUGUGAUAGAGCAGAGUAAUAGGAGGUCCUUUUACCUGCUACCCUCUGCAUUGCUUCUAGAUUGUCAUUUAUCCUUUGGAUAGUUUCUGCUUAUUGUGCUCUCCGGUAAAACACUGGCUGGCUUGUAAGUAACUGGCUGUUUAGGUGGAAAGAGCUGUAAGAAAAAUGCUCCACUCGAGCUGGCAUGGAAGGCCAGUAAUCCCUCAGAGCCUAACUCUGAGAUCUAAGAAUGAGUAACCAAUGUAUGUACAGCUCUGCUUGGCUCAGCUCAAACUCUUUCAGCCCUAAAUCAAUGACAUUUCUUUAUACUGUGAAUGCUGUUCCCUUGUGCUUUGCUGUGCAGCAGUUUGGCUGUUUAUACUCCCAACAGUCAUCGCACUGUGCUCAUACCUUACUGCUGGUCUGGGACUGGGAGCUCUUUGUGACACUGCUUGAAUCAAUAUAAGGCAGUCACUGCUCCAGUAUUGUAAUAAGUUUCCAGUUUCUUCAUGUGGGAAAAGCCAAUUCUUUAUUCCCAUCACUUAUUUUAUAGUUUUCACAGACCUUGUGUGCAACACCUAUUGGCUGGUAGUUUUUUUACCCCUUCAUUUAUUGAUCAGAAGGUGAUUUGUGUAUAUGCUAAGAUUCAGGUAGUUUACAAUGGGUUCUCAGGGAACAGAUCUGAGUGUUUACAUAGAUGCACUUAUUUUUCAACCCAAGAAUAGGUUGUUGUGUUAAGGAACCUUUCAUACCAAGAUUGUUUUCACAUGGGAAUUGGCAAAUUGCUUAGCUACGCUUAGAAGAGAUGACAGGCUAGCUAUUAAUUUAAUGGAGCAGGCCUGAUUUUAUGAGGCCUUUCUUUUAUAAUUCUUCUGCCUAUCAGUACGCU